UUCGGAUCGAUAAGCGAAGAAAUUCUCUAAAAAUUACAAAAUUGUGCCAUUAUUAACUAGAUUGAUUAAUAAGAAUGCCUGAUGUAAGAGAAGAGGAACUGCACGAUGAAAUAGAGAACUGUAUAUCUGAUUUAAAACAAGGUAUUCUUCACGGUUCGUACGAUACAGCUAUGCAAACUGUCCAACUAUUGCGCAAAGUUGUAUCCUUCUCGUAUUGGAAGACAGCYGGUGAUUUAAUGGAAAUAGUAAAAAGAGAAGGCAAAAGACUAUCAAAUGCACAACCCACAGAAUCAGCCGUAGGAAAUAUGGUAAGAAGAGUACUAAAGAUUAUCAGAGAAGAAUAUUCAGGCUCUAUAAAAGGAUCUUCAGAUGAGGGUGAUACAGAAGAGUCACUACAUAAACUACUAAUGGCUGGUGGAACAGCAACAAGUGACUUUAGCAAACCAAGUCAAGGAUUAAAGACUACUGUCAUAGAUGCAAUCAAUGAAUUAAUUGUCGAACUUGAAUCAAGUGCUGAYAAUAUUGCAACCCAAGCAUUGGAACAUAUUCACUCUAAUGAAGUCAUCAUGACUACUGGAAAAUCAAGAACAGUUGAAAAAUUCUUAAAGAAUGCCGCAAGGAAAAGAAAGUUUAAUGUGAUUGUAGUAGAAGGUGCYCCAUUUUAUAAAGGUCAAGAACUAGCCAAGAGUUUGGCUGAGUCAGGCAUUGAGGUCAUCAUAGGUACGCAUGCUGUCAUGGCUGACGGUGGACUUAGAGCUGUCAAUGGGACUCAUGCCUUGGCCCUUGCUGCUAAGCACUAUUCUGUUCCACUUGUAGCAUGUGCUGCAAUGUAUAAACUGACUCCACAGUAUGUUGUAUCAUAUGAUGAGGAUAGCUGUAAUAAGUUUGCUGCUCCUCAUGAUGUCUUACAGUUUUCUGAAGGCCAUAUCUUGUCCAAAGUAGAUGUACAGAAUCCAGUGUUUGAUUACAUUUUACCAGAUCUUGUGACAUUAUUUCUCUCAAAUAUAGGAGGUAAUUCCCCAUCAUAUGUGUAUCGAUUAUUGAGUGAGUUAUAUCAUCCUAAUGACUACGACCUAUGACUUGAUAAACUAAAUUAYAAUGUAAAUCUGGACCAAUAAAUUAAAGAAACUUUAUGCUGCCCA